CCCUCAAGGCUCGUGACCUCGUCCACGCAAAUCACAAACCCUAUUUCCCCAAAUUCUCUGAAACCCUAGCUCUCUCUCGAUUCCUCGCAUCCAUGGCUGCUCAAAACCCUAAGGUCUUCUUCGACAUGAAGAUCGGAGGCCAGCCGGCCAGCCGCAUCGUCAUGGAGCUCUACGCCGACACUACCCCCCGUACCGCCGAGAACUUCCGUGCUCUCUGCACCGGCGAGAAGGGCGUAGACCGCUCGGGAAGGACCUCCACCCCCCGCGUCGUCAAGAACAUCAAGGAGGUUAAGUCUAGCCCUGGAAGGACCGCCAAGAACGCCAAGAACAUCGAGAAGGUUAGGACCGCCCAGAACAUCGAGAAGGUUAGGACUGCCAUGAAGGUUGUGUCUAUUGCUGGAAGGACCGUCAAGAACAUCGAGAAGGUUAGGACCGCCGAGAAGGUUGUGACCGUCAAGAACAUCGAGAAGGUUAGGACCGCCGAGAAGGUUGUGACCGUCAAGAACAUCGAGAAGGUUUGGACCGCCGAGAAGGUUGUGUCGACCGUCAAGAACGUCGAGAAGGUUAGGACCGCCAAGAAGGUUGGGUCUAGCGCUGGAAGGACCGCCAAGCCUGUUUUGAUUGCCUACUGAGGCCAGCUUUCUUAGAUCGGCGAUCGUUUAUUUUAUGUUGGGUAUUGUCGUUUAUUUUAUGUUACAUUUGUCGUU